AUGCCUUGUCUCGAGGAAGCUGAUAUCAAUGCUAAGUCUUUCCUUGUUAUUAACAAAUUCUUAAGACCUAUUUCCACAGUUUUGUCUCUUGAGUUGUUUUUGUUCGAUGAAAUGGCUGAGUGUUAUAGCACCAUCAAAUUCUCUCGGCUUAUAAAGUGUAGGCUAUGUCAAUGUGACUCAGACUGGAUGGAUUCACUUGUAGAUUUUCUUGCAAAUACUCCUAAACUAACGUAUCUUAUAGUUGAUUAUCAACGUACUCGUCGACCCUGUACUGCCUCUAUUGCGUGGAGGAAAAUGGGCUCUUCUUAUCCGGAAUGCUUCUUAACAAGUCUGGAGAAGUUUGAGUUGAUAGACUAUAGAGGAAGAGAUGAGGAGCAAGAAUUGGUGGAGUACAUCCUAGUGAACUCUAUUCGUUUAAAGACGGUGACAAUCUCUAUGGCCUCAAAACUUAAGAACAAAGAAACGAUAAUGGAGAAGUUGAAAGCUAUUCGUAGGGUUUCAAGAGCAUCUCAGCUUCUGUUCACAACCUAA